UGGGAAUUGCUGCUCUCAGCUUGCGCGGAAAAUUCGCGCCGUGUCGACCACCCCGGUCGUCAAAGAUGUCGUCCGAUUGCCUGACGGUCGUGGACGUGUCGGAGGAGCGUUUCGACGAGGCGAUCCACCAUCUCAAGUGGAACUUCUUCGCCGACGAGCCGCUCAACAAUGCGGUCGGACUCUGCACCAAGGGCGAGCCGCAAUACGAGCUCGAGAGGCACUGCCUGCUCACCUUGAAGCAAGGCUACUCGAGGAUGUUGUUGGACAAGAAGGGAGCGAUAGCGGGUAUGGCACUAAAUGGCAUAUUGAAGAAGGGCGAACGCGAAGAGGCAGAACGGCGCCUCGUCGAGUUGAACGACAAAAAGUUCAAGACGAUCUUCGGAUUGCUCUACAAGGUAAACGAGAAGGUCGAUCUGUUCGCCAAGUACAAUGUUGACGAGCUGUUCGAGUGCCGGAUCCUCAGCGUUGACGAGAAUCAUCGUGGUAAAGGCCUGGCGAACAUCCUGAUGGCGGAUUGUGUGGAAAUCGCGAAGAACGCCGGUUUCAAGAUAUUCAAGGCCGACGCUACCGGCGUGUACUCGCAGAGGGUCUGCCUGAAACACGGCUUCCAGGUGGAGGCGGAGAUCCCGUAUACGGAACUGGAGGAGUCCAUCAGACCGGCGCCGCCUCACCAGGCGCUCAAGCUGAUGGUGAAGCUGCUGGAUUGAAGCUAAAGGAGAAACGGAAGAGGAGAGAUUUCGAAUCGAGGCGCUGAAAACAGAAAGAUGGAUCAAGUCGUACCGAUUCGCUACGAAUCUCGGGAAAAACGGAAGCGAAGAUGGUGUUAUUCAAGAUCGUACUCGCGACCGAUCUGAAAGUUAUUGCAUUGUGCUCUCUGAAAGAAUUCACGCGAAAACCCAGAAUGACAAACGAGUUAUCUCGAAAUUUCUUGGUGGAAUUCUGCUUCGAAAAAUGUACAGUGAACAGUGAAUCCGAUAUGUCCGUCUCGCAGGAACGAAUUUGUUGCAAUCGAUUAAAGUUCGAUCGAUUAGAGUGAAUUUGUUCCCGGUGGGACGGGUAUAUCGGAUUCACUAUUCAAUUUCAAACGAAGGUAUGACUCAAGUCGGCAAAUUCACUCUACAUGUGCGGAAAAUCACUGAACUUGGUGUUGUUUUGAACAUUUUUUCGAGCAAAGCUUCACUCGAGAUGAAUAAAGGAAUGUGGUAUUUUUAUUCGAAGCGAUAACCGUGAAAAAACUCAUUAAACCGUUCAUUCGGACGGAUCAAAAUCCACUUGAAAUUUGAAUUAAACGCUCGCUCUUGCGACUCUCCGAGUUGCGAUAUUUUCACUCUCGCUUUGAGCGAAUUUCCACUCGUUUUGAGCGAAAUUUCACUCCAAAAAAUUCACAGAGAGCACACACAGUCUCCGUUGUUCAAUCGCGUGAUAUCACGUUGACGUUAACACGUUAUGCGCGCUAAGUUAUUAAUUAACGAUAUAUAUAUAUAUAUAUAUAAAAGAGAAAGAUUUAGGGAAAAUGUUUGAAAAUUCGAAGUACGGCCGGUGGAAGAAAGAUUGCGACAAUUUUACCCUCACAUACAUCAGGACUCAUCCAGUGAUUUAAUGAAGGAAUUUAUCUUCCGAGGAUCACCAAAGUGAAAGCUAAUUCUUUUAUCGAACACGGAUGCGUUUCGUUGAGAAAAAAAAGGGGAGAAAAGGGAAAGAAAAUAAGUGCUGUGAUCAUUGUUUCACAAACUGGACCGGGCUUCUCGAUCCGUUUCUGGCAUUCUUCGGCGUUUCGAUCGGAUCGCAAACGAGAGAGAGCGCAAAGUAGAUAAGUACAUAAUGUGUGUAUCAUCGUGUGACAAUAACAGCUCUCUGUCUAAUGUGUAUGUCUCUGUCGGGCAUCUCGUGAGAAACGCGACGCCCGCUCAUAGAGUCGCAUUGAUAGUCAUUGCGUGAGACUUGCCUCAGGUGAGAUACUCGAAAUUGAAUUUAGAGUUAGAUGUUUCCUCUUUCGACUGAAUCGCGCUUGUAAGAGUAAUGUCGCGUAUGUUACACGCGAUUCAAAGGAAAAUCUCAAGAUUCAGACUCGAGCGUCUCACAAGCGGGACAAGUUCCGAGCAACGACUGUUAAUACGGGCCAUAGAUUCACAUUUACCCGUAAUAAGAAAAAACAAGCAAAGCAAGAGGAGAAAAAACAAGUAUAUACCGGGCGUUCACGUAGUUCACGUUUCAUAAACGUCUCCGAGGUCGGAGGUAUAUCGGUUACUGCCCCACCCCCGUUAUUAGCAUGUAAAUAUUUCGAACGAGGUGUCGUUGUUAAAGAAACAAAGAGGAACGUUCAUAUCGAGGGGUCCGCUGAAAGUCUACCGGGUGUCUACCAACGCGGAAUCCCCGUUCUAUAUUUUAACGCGGAAUUUGUUUAGCCGAGACAGCCGAUCGUUCCGGAGUGGCAAAGGAAGAAGAAAAAAGAAAACAAGAAAUACAAGGAAGACGGAGGCGUACGAAGUAUAUCUCCAAGAUCGUUGUAUAUCGCGAGAAAGAAGUAUUAAUUGAUUAUCGCGCGAGAGAGAUGUUAAGUACAGGUGACAAUAGUUCCCGACGCGGGGAAGGAAUGAAGAAAGUGUCAAAUGUUGUAGUUUCACAUUUCGCUGCUUCAACUCGACACCUGCGCGAUAAAUGCGCUCUUUUUCGGAGCGCGAGUUUAGCGCUAUUUUACGGCCCGUUUCUUGAGAAAUCCGAUAAUUACAUCGUACAUGUAGAAUACGUCUGCAUGAGAACGUUUCAGCGAAUAGUAAAGAAACAAAAAUGUCCGAGAUUUGAUGAAAGGGAAGAGAAUAAUACAAAAUUAUAAAAUGUGGUCUACAACGGGCGAUGGAAGUGUGUUUGUAAGAAGUAAGAUUGAGAAAUUAACCGAUCACAGCCGAUUAUUCUCCUCACAUUCGAAUAUGACUGGUCGAUAUCUUAUUCUUACUUCUUACUUAACACAGCUCUUGUUACUCAUUGUGGACUACGCUUAACAAUUCGUUAUUUCCUCGUCGACAGUAGAAGGUAACGAGUCGCUUUUUCUCAUUAUGUAACGGGUAACGGUAACGAAUUGCUCUGAGAAAGUAACUUUCCCGGUCCCGCCGCUGAACGGCCGUAGAUAGCGAAGGUAAUGGUUGGAUUCUUUCUGCAAGCGUGUUUCUUCGUGAAACGAGACCUUACGGCGAUUAAGAUUAAGCGAAUCUGCUUUCAAGUUGAGAAGUAUAUCGCGGGGUCGAGUCGGAGCCGGCGAUCUGUCGUUGAUCCUUCCGCGAGCGUCUCGCGAUUCACUGAUGUCGCGGUGAGGAACGUUGUCCAUGGGGUGCAUAAUAACGUCCAAGUUGCGGUAAAUAGGCCAAAAAUGCACGGUUCUUUUCUCUCUUUUUCUCUCGUGCGAGCAUCAGCGAAACGCGACGGCGGAUUGUUUUCUAAUUUAUACAUAAUAAUAUAUAUAUAUAUAUAUACUACAUUCUAUAUGACGCGAGAGAAUAUCGAAGGAGAGAAUUAUUCUCGCUCUGUUGCUGAAUAAAUCACGGGUCCACACAUGAGUAUACAAGUUAAAAGGGACAAAAAUUGAGAAAGAAAGGGGAGGGGGGAGGGUUACACGCGCGAGAAAGAACAGAGAAUAUUUUUGUCGCCGUUGUCGCGCGAGUUUGCGCUGGUAUAUUGUAAAACGAGGUUAUUUUGUAAAAACGUCCGCCAGGAGCGCGCGAUUUAUAAUGAUUUGUAUUGCGUGAGAUGUGUGUAUCCUUCCGAAUAAAUUUCGAUUUCGUAGCAAUCGUUUCGAAACACGAGGGACGAGCGGCGACGAGCGAUCGCGAGUUGCUUCGGGGGGAGGGGGGGGUGUGAAAGAAAGCCAUUCGCUCCCUUUAUUCGAAUAUAAAUACAUUUGUUCCUGUUUUUACAUUAAAUAUACAACAGUUGUGUGAACGA